AUGGCAGGGAAAUUUCAAUCACUACUGAAAAGUAUAUCUAGUGAAGUAAAUAAAUAUCUUUUAUUUAAUAAUCGAAAGACAAUUAAUAAUGCCACGGAAAAAAUACACGCAAAGUUGAGUAACAUACAAAAUACUGUUGCUACAAAAUAUGACGUUAUUGCAAAGCAAGUGAAUAAUGACAUUACAUUCAUGCAAAAUUUAAGUGCAGCGAAACUAGAACCAAGUCCAUUACCAAAAAAAGUUGUAAAGUGGUGGCAAUGGUAUCAACAAUUAAUAGGCUUGGAUAUAGUGGAAACAGCCAAACAUCAAGUAAUUGUAGCUCAAGAUAAAUUAUUUAAGUGUCAAGAAGAAAGAAGGAAUCUUAAUCGGCAUGCAACAAUAAUAAAUAAUAAAUUAAAAGAUAUAUACUCAGACCUUAUACAGACCAAAAGGGAUGAUCCAAAAUAUGUUCAAUUAACUAUAACAGAAAAUAAACAUCUUCAAGAUCAAGCAACGAUUGCAUCAGAACUUAAUUUAUUAGACAAAGAAGAAAAGGAUCAUUUUACACAACUAGCAACAGCUAUCAAAGAAUAUCAUGAUAGCCAAACAAUAUAUGCUCAAAAGUAUAAAUAUUUGUCUAUCAUUGCGUCUGCUACAUUAGCAAUUAUAUCAUUAAUUGGUUCAAUGAUCUACAAUAAUCAAAGAAUUCACAAUAUUCGAAAUGCUAUAGACCUGGGUCUGCACUCUGUAGAAGAUAAUAUAAACACAAAACUUGAUAUAAUUAAUAAUAAUAUCAUAACAAUUAAUAGUAAGAUGAAUGAUAAUAGUAAAUCAAUUGUAGUACCAGACAGUAAUGAAUCAACAACGGAUAAAUUGAAAAAAUAUGGUGCAAUAGUUGGCUCAAGUUUUAUUGUACUAUAUAUAACAGUAAAAAGUCUAUUCUAA